AUUCAUGAAAUGCAAUUUUAAUGUGCUCCCAGUUAUGAGUUUUUAAAUUAUUGUUACGCACACUGUUGUGGCAACACUUCGACCAGCUGACCGCCGACGUUGCUUUUUUUGCUGUAUAAUUUGAGCGCUAUGCGUGCUUACGCUGCAUAAAAAAUUGAAUUGAGACGCGUUUUAUCUGUAAUGAGAUUGUGACAAAGGUUCUAAAGAACGCAGAAGAAUAAACGGCCCGAGGAGAAACAACAACCAAAUCGAUGAGCAGCGUCUCAACCAUUCAAGCGUCAGGCGCUGGUGACGGUAACCGGAAAAAAACGACCACGCUGGACGAUUUGGUGCAAUAUGUGAAUCUUUACGUGCGAACGCCAACACCGCUUAGUGGCCUCAUUCUGCCCUUUGUGCCGCUGUAUCUCAUUGCAUUUUACUUGUGGAUCUAUGUCUAUGGCGGCACUGAAAAGGGAGAAUUGGACCUGCCAGUUGAAUCUGCGGUUCUGGAUAAAACCGAGGCGACGACAGCAUGGAAUGAAAUCGGGUUCGUGGCCGUGGUGGCCAUAGCUUUUGUACACAUUCUGACGCUGCUGUUUUGCUAUUGGAGCGUCCAUGUGCUGGCCUUUCUCACUUGUCGCCGUGUGAAGCUGCCCGGCCCGGGCGUACUGGCCAAGGUUGUGCCCACAGCCAACAAUGGCAACUCGAAAAUUGUGCCCAUACGCAGCAUGAAGCUGCAAGAUGGUGGCCUAGAGUAUUACCUAGUAUUUCAAAAAACCAAAUAUGUAUGGGAUGGUGAGAAGGCGACAUUCCGUGCUGUUGAAUUUCCUGUUAACGAGCUGCUGAGCUCUUAUGCCAAUUCACGCGGUCACGAAACAGAAGAGGCGUUAAAGACAGCAGAACAGACCUAUGGAAACAAUGAGAUGGAGAUGGUGGUGCCCGAGUUCCAUGAACUCUUUGUGGAACGUGCUACAGCUCCCUUCUUUGUGUUCCAAGUGUUCUCGGUGGGUUUAUGGUGCAUGGAUGACUACUGGUACUAUUCCCUGUUCACACUCUUCAUGCUCAUUGCCUUCGAGUGUACCAUUGUGAAGCAGCAGCUGCGCAACAUGUCCGAAAUACGUAAAAUGGGCAAUAAACCUUAUUUGAUUUAUGCAUUCCGGCAGAACAAAUGGCGACACAUUGGUUCGGAUGAGUUGCUUCCCGGUGAUUUGGUGUCAAUAACGCGAUCUCAAAACGAUAAUAUUGUGCCCUGCGAUGUGGUCAUCCUGCGUGGCAAUUGCAUUGUGGAUGAGAGCAUGUUGACUGGUGAAUCGGUGCCGCAAAUGAAGGAAUCUCUAGAAUCGAUGGAUCAGCUCAACGUAGAAUUGAAUGUCGAAGGUGAUGGCAAGUUGUUUGUGCUCUAUGGUGGUACCAAAGUGGUGCAGCAUACGGCUCCCUCUAAGGAAUCGAUGCGUGCGCCCGAUGGCGGCUGCAUUGGCUAUGUUAUUCGCACCGGCUUCAACACCUCGCAGGGCAAACUGCUGCGCACCAUUCUGUUUGGAGCCAAUCGCGCUACUGAGAACAAUGCAGAGACCUUUGCCUUUAUUGCAUUCCUUAUGGUGUUUGCUGUUGCUGCUGCCUCAUAUGUUUGGGUCAAGGGAAGUGAGGAUCCCGAACGCAAUCGUUAUAAACUGUUCCUGGAGUGUGCUUUGAUUCUCACCUCAAUUAUACCACCAGACCUGCCCAUUGAACUGACGCUGGCCGUCAAUACAUCGCUUAUUCAACUCACCAAAUUGUUUGUGUUCUGCACGGAACCUUUUCGCAUUCCCUUUGCCGGCAAAGUGCAAAUCUGUUGCUUUGACAAAACCGGCACGCUGACCACAGACAACCUGAUGGUGGAAGGUAUUGCCGGGCUGACUCCCAAUGGCAGUUGUGUGCCCAUAGAGGAGGCGCAGAACAGCACCGUUCAGGUACUAGCCUGCUGUCAUUCGCUGGCUGUGCUUGAGGAUGGCUUGGUGGGAGAUCCCCUCGAAAAAGCCACACUAGCAGCCGUGGACUGGAGCCUAACCAAAACAGAUAGUGUAAUACCCAAGCGUGGACAGCUGAAACCGCUUCGUAUUGUACAACGCUAUCAUUUCUCAUCCGCUUUGAAACGCAUGUCUGUUGUUGCCGGUUAUCUAAUGCCCUACUCCAAUGAAAUUUCCUACAUUGGUGCGGUCAAAGGGGCACCCGAGGUUAUAAUAAAAAUGCUCAAAACAGUGCCCAAGGACUACGAAAAGAUCUACUUAGAAUACGCUCGACGUGGCGCUCGCGUCUUAGCACUGGGCAUCAAGGAAUUCAACACCCUAAGCGCCCAACGCGUGCGAGAACUUAAAAGGGAUGAGGUGGAAUGCGAACUCACAUUUGCUGGAUUUGUCAUCAUUUCGUGUCCAAUGAAGCCUGAUUCGAAGAGCGUCAUCAAGGAACUCAUUCAAUCCUCUCACAAGGUUGUAAUGAUCACCGGUGACAGUCCCCUCACUGCCUGCCAUGUCGCCCGCGAAUUGCGCUUCACGCGUAAGAAGUUAUUGAUCCUUACACCGCCACACGAGUCAAGCAACGAAAACUGGACCUGGGUUUCGAUCGAUGGCGAUCAAACCUAUCAACUGGAGCCCAACCGCGAGAGAAACAUAUCUAUGCUGCUGGCCACCCAUGAUUUAUGCAUUACAGGAGAGGGACUUUUGUAUUUACAACAUAAUGCACAUCGAUAUAUGCUAAAGCUGCUGCCACAGAUCACGGUUUGCGCACGCUUUGCGCCCAAACAAAAGGAAUUUGUCAUCACAACGCUCAAGCAGCUCGGCUACUGUACACUAAUGUGUGGCGAUGGUACCAACGAUGUGGGCGCCCUCAAGCAUGCCCAUGUGGGUGUCUCACUGCUGACCAGCGCACCAGUUAAGCGCAAGCGCACUGAGGAGGAAGUGCAGCAGCUGAAUGCAGCAACGGCGGCAGCGGCUGCUGCACAAACUGCGGCAAAUCAACAGAUGACGCCUCGUGAGCGUGCCUUACGUCGUCGCCAAGAGCAAUUGAAUCAAACACAAGCGCGCCUACAGAACGCCCUGAAAGACAUGGAGGAGCAGACAAUGGUGAAACUGGGAGAUGCUUCCAUAGCAGCGCCCUUCACAAGCAAAUCCUCGUCGAUUGUGUGCGUAAAUCACAUAAUUAAACAAGGCCGCUGCACUUUGGUCACAACACUACAAAUGUUCAAGAUAUUGGCUCUAAAUGCUCUCAUACAGGCGUACUGUCAAUCCGUUCUUUAUAUCGACGGCGUCAAAUUUAGCGACACACAGGCCACCAUGCAAGGCAUAUUUAUAGCCGCUUGUUUCUUGUUCAUCACACGUUCGAAACCCCUAAAGACACUUUCAAAGGUAGCGCCUUUGCCAAAUAUAUUCAAUUUGUACACCAUAUCGACAAUACUCGCACAAUUCGCCGUACACUUCGGUACUCUCUACUAUCUGACCAGCCAAGCUACGGCGUUGGCGCCACCCUCAACGGGUAAAGUCAAGUUGUAUAUUGACAUGGAUCCCGAAGAGAAGACCAAAUAUGAUCCAAAUAUUGUCAGCAGUACGGUUUAUAUAAUUUGUAUAGCACUGCAAGUAGCCACCAUAGCGGUUAACUAUAAGGGCCAUCCUUUUAUGGAGAGCUUGCGCGCGAAUCGAAUGCUAAUGUACUCGAUUGCUGCCUCGGCUGGUUUGGUGCUGCUUUUGACGACAGGCUUGGCACCAGAACUGACGGAAUUCUUCGAAAUCAUAGACUUUCCAGCGGAUUUCCGCAAACUUUUGCUCAUUGUUCUGGUCGUCGAUAUUAUUGGUGCGUUUGCCUUGGAUCGGGUUUGUUCGUUCCUAUUCGGUGAGAAUCGUCGCAAGUCAAAGGUCCUGAACUGCUAGCCAUCUACGACGACAAUAGCCACUAAAGCAGCAUUAAUGUGAACGUUCCAGACAACAACUAUGCCAGUGUUUGAUUUUGUAUUUUUCUAUAAUAGCCAUAAAUUUGUAUUUGUUCUUAUGCUGCAAUAACUUUAAUUUUUGUAUUAAGCUAUGCUAUAUCUCGGCAUCGGUUUCUUAAAUGUUUUGAAUAUUCAAAAUCAAAACCAAAUAUCAUAAAAAUUGUGUGUUCUAUUACAAAAACUAAAAAUAAUGCAA